UGGCCCAGCAGCCGUUGCACUCUCACCCCUUGCUGGAAAAGAGAGUCGCAAUCUCCGCUAUACGGCCCUUACAAGGGCGCUGAAGAAGAAACGACGAACGAAAAAAAGCGAUAAAUGAAUACGGGGUAAUUUCACGGUGAUGGGACGAACACCACCCACGAGAGAUGGCGAUGAUAAAUGGCGAUGAUGGCGAUGAUGCUCAAUCAACAAAGUACGAUGCCCGCCCCGGAGAAUUCGCUUGGCUCUGGAAUGCGUAUUCCGUCGCCCCCCUCCACCGACCGAUACACACCCUAGCAUUCAACUCAUCCUUCCUCCUCUACCCAAAGGAGACACACACUAAGAAACAGCGUCGCAAAGGGCAACCUGGGCCCCAAACCAAACCACCACACCACACAACCCCCCUUGUCACUAGCAAUGCCGUUUGUCAUUUCCCCUGGUGCUGGGCCUUGCGCCGACGCACGCGAGACAAUGGCGCAAGCCAAGAGCUGCCAGCUUCUCCUCCUUUUGACUAUUCUCUUCCCCUCCAACCCAUCCCGCUGCUUCGCCAGCCUUUGCCUUCGCUUUGUUUCCUUUUAUUGUGCAUUCUAUUUCCGUUGCUCGCCAAUCCGCCAAGUUUUUCUUUGUGAUAGCAAAUAGCAUAGCGCACCUAGUGUGAAGAUGCGAAUCGCCUAUUUCUUUAUAACACCUUGCUCGACCCUCUCCUUGCCGAGACGUAUCUAGACUCAAAACGAAAGAAAGAACAAUACCCGCUUGUGUUCAGUCUCACCUUUUUAUCCAACAACUAAUACUCGGUUUCCUUUCCUCGUUUCGUUGCCGUCGAAGAAAGAAAUCUACUACACAGACACAGACGCUUCACGAGAAUGCAUCUCUUCCCCCGGCGCUCGUCGCCGCAGUCGACCCUCGUCGGGUCCCCGACAUCGACAACCUCGACAAGCCCGCUCCGCGAAAAGACAUCGUCCACUUUGACCCCCAAACCGUCACAGAUGAACCUGGCCCGCCCGCCCGAGUUCGAAGUCAUCUUCUCGCCCAUGGACCGCGAGAACCCGAAAGAAUGGCCCUUCUGGUACCGCAUAUGGUCGAUCCUCACUGUCUCCUUCGCAGCAUGGGUCGUGGUCCUCUACAGUACCAGCUACAGCGCCUCUAUUCCGGGCAUGAUGGAGGAAUUCGAGAGCACAAAGAGCGUAACAUCGCUAGGUAUGACGACAUAUCUUCUCGGCCUCGCUGUGGGUAGUUUCUUUGCUGCCCCUCUUAGCGAGCUGUUUGGCAGACGUCUUGUCUACUUGGUGUGUCUCAUUAUGUGGGCGCUUUGCAUUAUCCCGUGUGCCCUGGCCACUUCGUUUAGUGUCAUCUUUACAUUUCGCUUCAUCGGCGCCCUCUUUGGCGCUGCCUUGAUUUCCAACGGGCCCGGUACCGUUGUUGACCUUUCCAAGCCCGAGUAUCUAGCCAUGGGCAUGUCGCUCUUCAGCAUCGGCCCUUUCAACGGACCUGUCCUUGGCCCUCUUGUUGGCGGCUUCGUCUUUGAGCAGCAUGGCUGGCGCUGGACCAACUGGGUUGUACUAAUCCUUGCUGCUGUUUCGUUUGCCAUGAUUUUCUCGGUCCAGGAGACCUACGCACCAGAGAUUCUUAAGCGCAGAGCCGCAAAGAUGAGAAAGGAAUCUGGUGACUCCCGCUGGUGGUGCCAGUACGACAAGACUAUCGAACAGAGAGCAUCCCAGUGGAAGAAUAUCCGUACCAACCUUGCCAGACCCGUGGUUCUCUUCUUUACGGAACCCAUUGUUUGGUUCAUUAACUUAUGGAACGCCCUCAUCUACGGUAUCCUCUAUCUCUGCUUUGUUGCCUACCCCCUUGUCUUCUCUGUCGAGCGACAAUGGAGCCCUGGCAUGUCCGGCAUGGCCUACAUGGGCAUUGGCGUUGGUAUUAUGAUUGCCAUUGCAGCCGAGCCUCUUAUUCGCCGUUUUAUUCAGUCCCAACCUCGCGACCCUCUUACUGGCCGCCCAUACCCAGAAGCCGCUGCUAUAGUUAUGGCUCUGGGCUCGAUUCUUACUCCUCUCGGACAAAUGGGCUUUGCUUGGACAUGCUUGCCUACCAAUAUCCACUGGAUUGUCCCCAUCAGCUUUGGCAUCCCCUUUGGCAUGGGCAACACGCUGAGCUUCAUCUAUUCGUCCAACUACCUAGCCGGGUCCUACGGCAUCUACGCUGCCAGCGCUCUUGCUAGCAACGCCAUUAUCCGCAGCAUCUUUGGCGCCACGCUCCCCGUAGCAGGCGCACAGCUAUACAAGACCAUGUCGCCACAGUGGGCUGGAACCCUGUGCGGCAUGCUUGCCAUUGCCAUGAUGCCUAUCCCGUUUGUGUUUUGGCGAUACGGCGCCAAGAUCCGCGGCCGCAGCAAGGUUAUCCGCCAGCUGCGCGAGGACGCGGCCCGUCUCGAGCAAAGAAUGAACGAGGAGCGCGUAAAGGCUGCUGAAUUUAGCAGCAGCGAAGGCCAGCUUACCAUUUCAUCGUCGCUCUCGAGCCGGUACCCGAGCAAGCCGCCCAGUAUUGGACCCUUGCGACUGCCGAGCGAGACUGUAUAAUUUUUGAUUAUUUGACCUGUGUGAUUACCAAAGACAUUUACGCCAAUAUGGCGUCUAGGCGUUUAGGGAGCAUGAUAUUUUUGCGGCAUCCGUUGCGCCUGUUACGUAUUAGGUAGCAAUGUUGAAAGCCAUGACAAACCGUGUAAAUGAAGAGAAUGCACAAGUGAAUAUUAUGUAACUUGAUGAUUUUUUUGCGGAAGAAUAAAAGAUUAGACAAUGUGAAACUGGAUAGAAGGUAUUUUUAUAUUUGGUAGGAUAAAUUUGCAAAAAAGACAAAAAAGAAAUGCCAAUCGAUGAAUGGAUAGGAAAAGCCCAAUGCGGGGGUCGAACCCGCAACCUUGAGAUGUCGGAAACUUAAGAGUCUCACGCUCUACCGAUUGAGCUAACCGGGCA